AUGAAAGGUUGUGAUGAAGUCGUUACUGACCUCAUGAUAAUUGAGAAGAUUAUGAGAUCAAUGCCUCUAGUGUUUGAUCACAUUGUGGUAGCAAUCGAGGAGUCGAGAGAUCUUGAAAAACUCAAGAUAGAAGAACUUCAAAGCUCAUUGGAGGCAUAUGAGAUGAGGAUGCGGGAAAGAAAUCUUGUCAAACACAAUGAUCGGGUGUUAACGGUCCAGCACGUCAAAGGCGAAGGAAAGAAGAAGUUUAAAAAUUGGAAAGGUAUUCAGAAUAAGAAAGUUCAAAACAAGAAAGUUCAGAACAAGGAGGCUCAUAUGGUGAAAGAAGAGUCUGAUUCAAAACCUCUAAUUCUCAUGGUUACAACCCCUUCAGAGAGCUAUGAGUCUUUAAACAAAUCGUGGUAUUUAGACUCAAGGUGCUCAAACCACAUGACGUACAAUAGAGAAUGGUUGAUCGAUUUGGAUGAAUCAAAGAAAAGCAAGGUCAGAGUUGUAGAUGACAACACGUUGAGAGUUGAAGGAAUCAUAAAUGUCAUCAUAAAGAAGAAAAACGAGCAACAUGCAACAAUAGAAAACAUUCUUCUCGUACCAGAGAUGAAGUGCAACUUGCUGAGUAUUGGUCAACUGAUAGAAAAAGGCUUCACGAUGAUUAUGGGAAACAAUGAUCAAGUGGAAGUAUUUGACAGAAGUAGGAAAUUGAUCUUGAGAAGCAAGAUCUUUAAAAACUGUACUUUUCGGGUUUGCAAGGAUAUGGUUGAGAACUAG